UUGCAUCAUUAUUAAUAAUAAAUGUGAACAUAGUGCAUUUUGUUAAUAUCGCAUGAGUUAAAGUGCAUUAUUCGGUUCAGGAGUGCUACCUUCGCCCAAAAAUAUGGCCACAACUGUAGUCGUCUUAAUAAUAAUAAUAAUACUACUACUUUUGGUGAAAAUUUUUCACGACAAGGAAACUCUUCCAGGACCUUGGAAUUUACCAGUAAUAGGUUACUUACAUAAGUUAGAUCCAAUAGCACCUUACUUGACUUUAACAAAACUUGCGCAAAAAUAUGGACCCAUUUAUAGCAUCAAAAUCGGCAUGGUUAAAGUUGUAGUCAUAGCUGAUGCCAAACUAUUGAAGAAGGUGUUAUCAAAAGACGAAACACUUAUCAGACCGUCUCUCUAUUUGAUAAAUACCUCAUUCGAACACAAAGGAAUGUCACAUGCUCCUAUUGACGUAUGGAAAGACCAACGUAAGUUUGUGGCAAAUUUUUUGAGAACAGUAGGAGCCGCUAAAGUUUCUCCCAACAAAAAAGCUUGUGAAAAAUUGAUAAGAAAACAUGUCGAUGAAUUUGUACAAGUUGUUCAAAAUCAAGCUUUUUGUCAACCCCUGGACCCGUCGGAACUUAUAACCCAUUUGGUAAGCAGUACCGCUAGCAGUAUAUAUUUAGGUAAACCAUUUUCCUUGAAUGACACCAAAGUUGCUGAUUUAGCACAGAAUGUUCACGUAUUUACUAAAUUGAUAAUGUUCGGAGCUCCACUGAACUUCCUGCCAGUUCUACGAUUUUUGCCACCAUACAAAAACAAAUUAAAAUCGCUGAAAAAAGCCGUUCGUAGAGUUCAUGAAAUUCAAGCAACGCUGAUAGAUGAAUGUGAAAAAUCGACUUGUGUGGAUUCUAGGUUGAAUCUUGUUAACGCCUUUCAACUACAGAUAUCUGAAGGCAAGCCUCAACAUAUUUACAAUAUGGAUCAACUACAUUAUCUUUUAUUUGACCUUUAUGUCACUUUCACUGAAACUACGAUGUGUUCCUUACUUUGGAUUUUACUCUAUUUAGCCCAAUACCCCGAGGUUCAGAAUAAAAUGCGACAAGAACUCUACCACGUGGUACAAGAUAAAACAGUUCAAGUGGACGAUUUUGCAAACUUACACUAUAUUCGAGCAACUAUUGCCGAAGUUGCCAGAAAUAGAACUUUAAUACCGUUAGGAAUACCACACAGCGUCUCCGAAAAAAUUUGCGUUGAUGGAUUUACUAUCCCAAAAGGUGUAAUGAUAAUGCCUUUAUUAUGGGCGAUCCAUAUGGAUCCAAAGUUUCAUAAAGAGCCGGAAGAAUUUCAUCCUGAAAGAUUUUUAGACAGCGAUGGAAAAUUUUCUAAACCGGAAUCAUUCCUUCCGUUUCAAAGCGGUAAAAGGAAGUGCAUUGGUGAAGAUGUAGCAGAAAUAAUGACGUCGAUAUUUAUAGCUGGAGUGUUGCAGAAUUUUAGAAUUGAGCAAGUUGACUCUACACCAUUAGAUUUUACUGGUAUUUGCGGUGUCACACUGGCACCUAAACCGCAGAAACUGAUCUUUUCAAAAAUCUAACUAGGCACUAAGUAAAAUAUAACAUAACAAACAAUAUUUGUGUGUGUAUAUCUAUGUUUGGGUUGUAACCUAUCUAGAAUUCAAUAAAGAUUAUAUUUUUAUGGAAA